CUUCACAGGGGGAAGUCCUGUGAGAAGCCACGCAUGCCAUGGCCUCAUGUGGCGACGUGGGCCUGUUUGGCUGGGAGUUGGCUGGGCAGCAGCAUAUACUGAGUGUGGAGGUACCGAACUGGUGGCACAGGAUGUGUGGACCGUUGCUCGGGAGGUCGAUAAGGCCCUGCAAGUGACGCACGUGCCACCCCACUAUGGCAUUGAGCUCUCCAAUGCCUUUUUCAGUUUGGAGCGCUCUGGAGCCCUUCCAGGAGCCAUCGAAGACUGCGCACUGGGUGUAGCGGUACUUGCGCUGAACGCUUUGCCUCAAGCGGAGCUUCGCUGGGGCACAAGGAAGGCCAGGGAGUAUUACCUCCUCUAUGAGGAGUUGGUGGCCAGCUAUGGCCACAUGUGGAACAUGUCGGGCUUCUCCUGGAAUCUGAAGACCCACCAGUCGGCGGGAUAUCCUUUGAUCUUGGGCUUGCGCGAGCAGAGCUGCUUCGGAUUGCCUUUGAAGAUCUAUGUUUAUGAGACGGAUUUUGCCACGAAACCGGUGCUUUGUAGCCAGGGCAUGUUCGCGAGUGAAGUCUUCGUGCACCAAUUUCUGCUGCACAGCUCCUGUCGCACAGAGAACCCUGCGGAGGCGGACUUUUUCUUCGUGCCAAUCUAUGCCGCCUGCGUCAUGACCAAGGAGAAGAAAUUGGCCGAUGAAAUGGAUAGUUUCUACAAAACGUUGGUGAUGGAAAAACUGCCCUACUUCAGUGACCAAGGAGGACGAGACCAUAUCUUUCUGUGGUCCUCUGAGACCUAUGAUUUCCCCUCGUGGCAGGACUACAUCGCCGAUUCGUUGUUUCUUUCCGUUGAAGCUGUGCCCAUUGAAUGUACGGACUUUGAUUUUUUCUCAGAAGAAACUGCGGACAACUUUGGAGCUCAUUGCCAGCAUUGUCAUUGGUGCUUUACACGCUGGAAGGACUAUGUCAUUCCAGGCUUUGUCGAAAGAUGGAGCGUGGAAAAGAUGUCUGAACUGGAGAAACCUCCAGAGAGGAGGAGCUACACCGCCUGCUACCAUGGGGCGGAUUCAGACGCCUUGGCCAUCUAUAAGUAUGCCAACACCACUGUGAGAAAUGACCUGCAGACCUUGAAUGGUCGAGCAAAUUUUAGCAUUGGCUACCGCUUUGCCCGCAUCACCGAAUACUUCGAGCGAAUCGGCGACUGCCACUUUUGCUUCGCUCCCAAAGGUUUGGGCUAUUGGAGCAAUCGUUUGUAUGAAGUGCUCUUCGCGGGCUGCAUCCCAGUGAUCCUUUCUGAUCACAUUGGACUUCCCUUCGAUGAUAUCGUGGACUGGGGAAGUUUCUCUUUGAAGUGGCCGAUGGCAGAGGUGGGUCCAGCCCUCGCAGAGCACUUGGAAUGGCUUUUGGAGCAGCGGCCGUCCCUGGUGCAGAAGAUGCAUCAAGCGGUGAUGGCGAACAGGUGUUGGUUCGACUACAACUCCCAAGAUCCCAACUGUUCGCCCUAUCUGGGCAUUCUGCGAUAUUUGCAGCGCAAGCGCGCAAUGCCACGCUCCCAAGGACCCACUUGGGACUUUGCGUCACCGCCGACACGUGGAAGCCCGAGGGACGCAACUGAAAAAAAAAGUCCGGCGGAGAAACCUACCCUGAUUGGGUGA